UGUCUGUUGUUGUAUGAUUACGUUGAGAACUUGCACAAUAACCAUCGCUAUGCAUUCACGUCGGUCAACAAUCGCAGCGUUGCUGUUAUUCACCUUUGCAACAGUUGUCAAGACGGAAGACGUGCUGGUGACCGUGGAGCAGGGCACGCUGAGAGGGACCACAGCCACGAGCGUCUACAACACCUCCUACACGGCCUUCCUGGGCAUUCCGUAUGCUCAGCCUCCACUCGGGGAGCUGCGCUUCCAGGCGCCGCAACCGGCUACCAGUUGGGAGGGAGUCCGUGAAGCCACAGAGUACGGCAGCGACUGCGUGCAGUCGGACGGCACCGGCUCGGAGGACUGCCUCUACCUGAACGUGUUUGUGCCUGGCGUCCCAGAGGAGGGUGCCGGGCUGCCCGUCAUGUUCUGGGUGCACGGCGGAGGGUUCGUCGACGGCAGUGGCUCAGACGAGGAGCACGGUCCGGACUUUCUCAUUUCCUAUGGUGUCAUACUGGUCACCAUCAACUACCGCCUAGGAGCGACAGGUUUUCUGAGUACGGGCGAUUCAGUGGCACCUGGAAACGCGGGUCUCAAGGACCAGCAGUUGGCGCUCUCCUGGGUGCAGAGAAACAUCGCCAGCUUUGGCGGCGACCCUCAGCAAGUAACUCUUCAAGGGCAGAGUGCCGGUGGUUCUUCUGUCUCGCUUCACUUCGUGUCGCCAAUGUCCUCAGGUUUGUUUUCGCGACUCAUCAUUGAGAGCGGCAACUUCAUCGCCCGGCCUAUACUGCAGGCGACAGCGGCACGGCAACGUGCAUUCCGUCUGGGAGCCGCCCUCGGCUUUCAAACAGACGACUCGCAGCAGCUCAUCUCCUUCCUGCGAUCUGUGAACGCUACAGACCUUCUAGUGGACAGUUCACUCAUACUGACAGAUGAGGAGCAAAGUCAGAUCAUAUCUAUGCUGUGGGCUCCAAACAUAGAGUCAGAAUUGGAGGGCGCCUUCAUUCCAGAGUCUCCCAUUCAGGCUCUGCUCGACGGACGAUUCAGCCAGGUGCCUGUAUUGACAGGGGUUACUUCUGGAGAGCUUGGGUUUUCAAUACUUGAGGAUCCGUCGCUUGUCAAUGGUCUUAAUGAAGCGUUCGAGAAUGCAGUUGGACCCUGCCUCCAUUUGCCGACAGUGGAGCAGCAGGCAAGUGCAUCCCAGAAGCUGAGGGACUUCUACUUUGGCAAUGGCACCAUUUCCUUGAAUGACACGGAUACCCUCGUCAAUUUUAACGACGACAUAGGAACGUUUGAGCCUACUGAUUCGUUGGUGAGAAAAUUGGCCAGUAUCUCCAACCUAACAGUUUAUUAUUACGAAUUCGACUACAGAGGGGUGAAUGUGCCCACUACACUAUGGGGAGUUAUACAUUCUGGGGAACUUCCUUUCCUGUUUUUGAGGAAAGACACAGAAUACAAUCUGGAUCCCGCAUCGGAGGAAGAACAAAUACGCAGAAACGUGUUGCGGCUAUGGACGAACUUCGCCAAAUACGGGAACCCCACUCCUGAUGCGGAUCCCGUGGUGUGGGAGCCAUAUGACCUCACCAGUCGCAGCUACCUGCUAAUGCAGGCCAACUUCACGCUCUCGCACGACAGGCUCGGAGAAAGGAUGGAUUUCUGGAACAAGAAUGUGCCGCUUCUGCCGUAUCCCAGCACCAUCUGACACCCUAGGUCUCACGUAAUGAGUAGUGGUAGCCGACCUACGCAUGACAACGAUUUGUGCUGGUGACAUGUUGAAACUUACGUUAAAAUUAAAAAUGAAAUUCUAAAUGACGUACUCGAAAAUGUAUCACUGUGAACUAUUUAUGAUUCCUUUUAACCAAUGUAUUCGACUGCUGGCAGUUCUGUAGCUCUUAUCAUCAUUUGCAUAUGUUGCCUGGAGAUCUGUCACAAUAUACAACGACCUCAUUCUGCG